AUGAGCUUGAUCUUGUUUGGCAGGAAUGACGCAGAGGUUGAUUAUAUCAGCUUCAUGUUGAUGGCGUUUGUGGAAUACUCACCUCGUGACGUUCCGAAGAUCCUAGGAAAGGAGGAGGUUGUUGUCAUAGCCAUUGGUGAUGAGCAAGGCUAUGGCUUUGAUUGUAUUGGAGCUUUAGAUGGAACCCAUAUCCAUGCUUUUGUUCCAGCAUCUGAAGUUGCAGCAUUUCGUGGGCGAAAACCAUAUCCCACACAAAAUGUUCUUGCUGAUGUUGACUUUAACUUACGUUUUACAUAUGUUCUUGCUGGAUGGGAAGGAUCAGCACAUGAUGCUCUAGUUUUAUGUGAUGCACUCGAGAGACCAAAUGGCCUAUCAGUCCCUGAAGGUAUCGAUUUGAAAUAUUACUUGGUUGAUGCUGGAUAUGCAAUGAGACCGGGAUUUAUAUCCCCCUAUAGGGGUGUUAGAUACCAUCUCAAAGAGUUUGACUCACGGACACCAACAAACCAUAAAGAACUUUUUAACCUUUGUCACUCAUCAGCUCGUACCACUAUUGAACGAGCUUUUGGUUCUCUUAAGGGACGAUUCAAAGGUUUAUCGUCAAGACCAUUCUUUCCAUUUAAAACUCAAGCUGAAUUGGUUUUGGCGGCAUACAUAUUGCAUAAUUAUAUUAUAAGUGGAGGAGAAGAUAUUUUAAUACCUUCUGAGGAAGAAUGGAUACCCCAACAACCACAAUCAGAACGUAACAUAAGAGAACAAAGGGAAGAGGCCCAAGAAUUGGUGGCACCUCAAGAACGGAUUGCAUGUGAUAUGUGGUCUAAUAAUUAG